GUCCGCGGCGCGUUAAUGGGAGUCAAAAUAGCGUAGUCGGUCACCGCGGGGACGAGUCACGAUCGCAGCGUAGACGAGGGAUGUUGUGUACCGAAGCGCGCGGAGGUGUGUGUGUGUGCGUUAGUGAGCGAGCUCUUGUGAACGGCUGUGCUCUGCUGAGGACGGAGAUGAACGCAGUGGUUUGUGUUGCAAAGGAAAUCACAAUAAGGUGCAGUUGGUGAGAUGAGGAAAAAUUCAGGAAAAUAGCUUUUGGUGUUUUUUUGAAAUCGAGAAAACUGUGAGUGCCUUUUUUUUGAGUUCGAAUAGAAGACUUGAGAGACGGUUUUCAGGAAGGUCGGCGGUAUUGUGUUUUCCGGAGGAGGGAAGAAAGUGCUAAGUGAGUUCAUCGUAUUUUUUUCCUCAUAAGGGAAAGACACCUGUGUUAUCUUCCGUGAGAAAAGUAGUUGAGAUCUUGGAGGCAUUUUUAUAAAGGCCAUUUUGAGAGACUAUGGAAGUGUGUUGAUCGAAAAGGAGAAAUUAUUUUAUACGCAGAAAGAGAAAAGGUGAUUGCAGUGUGAGAAGCAGAAGAGAGUAAUAAAAAGAAGUGUGUAAAGAGUGUGAAGUGCAGAAGACGCCAGGUCUUGGCAGUGUCUCCGGCCGGCCAGCGGAUACAAUGACCAGGCCGUAGUGUUGCGUGAGCCGGUGUGCGCACGCGCGUGUUUGUGUGUGUACCUCAGUCCUUUUUCUGUCUUCUCCCCCACACUUGCCAAUCAUGUACGCCUACGCCGGGGCCUAUUCGGGGGCUUACAUGGGCGUGGGAUCCGGGGUGGGCGGCCUCUCCGGGGGCAGCAUGACCGCCCCCGCCGCCCAUCACCAGGUGCUGGCCACACCAACGCCCCUUCCUGCUGCGGCGGCAGCCGCUGCAGCCGCCCAUACCAUGACGACCAGCCUCCCGCCCACGACGACCAAGAGGAGGGAGAACCACUGCGAGAUCGAGCGGCGGCGGCGGAACAAGAUGACGGCGUACAUCGCGGAGCUGAGCGACAUGGUGCCCACCUGCUCUGCCCUGGCGCGCAAACCCGACAAGCUCACCAUCUUGCGCAUGGCCGUGGCGCACAUGAAGGCACUCAGGGGUAUGGAGAUUGCCAACGGGAAUGGAAUGGGAACAGGAAAUACCAAUGCAGAUGGAACUUACAAACCAUCAUUCCUCACUGACCAAGAGCUGAAGCAUUUAAUCCUUGAAGCGGCAGAUGGCUUCCUCUUCGUUGUAGCCUGCGACACAGGACGUAUUAUCUAUGCUUCAGACUCUGUCACUCCAGUCCUAAACCAGCCACAGAGUGACUGGUUCGGAUCAAGCGUCUAUGAACACGUGCACCCAGAAGAUGUGGAGAAAGUAAGAGAACAGUUGAGCACCCAAGAGCCAGCCAACCAAGGACGUAUUCUCGAUCUCAAGACCGGAACUGUUAAGAAGGAAGGCCAUCAGUCAUCAAUGAGACUGUGCAUGGGUUCGAGACGUGGAUUCAUUUGCCGCAUGAAAGUUGGUGCAGUUACCCCAGAGAACAUGAAUUCUGGUCACCUAAAUCGGCUGCGUCAGAGAAAUUCCUUAGGCCCCGCAACUGAUGGACAUAACUAUGCUGUAGUCCACUGCACAGGUUACAUCAAGAACUGGCCUCCUACUGGCGUGCAGAUGGACCGAGCUGAAGAGGAGGCUCAUGGAUCCUCCCACUGCUGCCUUGUGGCUAUUGGCCGUCUUCAGGUUACCUCGGCACCAAACACCUCAGAUCUCAUGGGAUCAAACUCACAAAAUGAGUUCAUUUCUCGUCAUGCGAUGGAUGGCAAGUUCACUUUUGUUGACCAGCGGGUUAUGACAGUCUUGGGAUACUCUCCGCAAGAGCUGUUGGCCAAGCCAUGCUUCGACUUCUUCCACCCAGAAGAUCAGACACAUAUGAAGGAAAGCUUUGAUCAGGUAUUAAAACUGAAAGGCCAAGUGAUGUCAGUUAUGUACCGCUUCCGUGGAAAGAACCGAGAGUGGGUUUGGCUGAGGACUGCUGCCUUUGCAUUCCUCAACCCGUACACAGAUGACAUAGAGUACAUUGUCUGUACAAACAAUGCAGCAAAAACUGUCCAAGGAGGCGGCGAAAUGAGUGCCAACACAGAGCACCAGGAAGUCAGUUCGGUCAGCAGCCAGUAUGGCACCCAUCAGCCAGGCUUGGAAUACUCCUUACAGCGGCAGAGAGAACUGUACCCACACAUGGUCCAGUCACACAUUCACACAGGUUCCGGGAGACCAAGUAGUACCCAGGGUGUGUACAGUGGCUAUGAGGCUGGGGCUUCACCCCUAGCUGGCUACUCCCCAAGCACCCCUCAGGCCACACCACUCACCUCCCAGUCCUCCUCCAGCCUUCCACGUAACACAAAGUCGUCCUCGCCUCCAUCUACGGCACAGGCAACUGCUUGGUCCAAUCCACACAUCAGACAGAGUGGUGACGGGUACACCUACAGCAGCAACAUGAGCCCGUCCCGCUCCCCCUCCACCCCCUCAUACACUCCCCGUUCUCUGCCGUCGUACACUCCAGCAGCUGGCUCUUCAGGAAUGUGGCAGUAUCCCAGCAUAGGUGCGGAGGGGACGAGUGCAGGUCCAUCCACCAGUUCAGGCCACCCAGGCACUGCCUCAGGUCACCACCCAGGCAGUGGUGCUCCAGGUACCCAGCCAGAGCUCACUGACAUGCUGCAAAUCCUUGACCAGUCUGGACCCACGAGCUUUGAUGACCUAGGAAACAUGUUCAAUACAAACUUUGAAUGAGGACCCCAGAGUGUAGUGUUGCCCCUCACAAAAGACUCAAACACGAGUGCUUCAACUGUCGCUGCUACUCGUAAGGUGAAUUCGUAAGGGAGAGUCUUGGUAUCCACCCACUACAACAUUGUUCAUUUUUAUGUCUCAACAAGUGCCUCAACGACAGUCUGAUCAGAUUCGGUAAUUCCCACAUAUUUUUUGUAGGUAGGCCUCUUUCUACUUCGUGAAGGUAUGAUGUCAGCAUUGUUUAUUUAGUGGAAAGUUCAAAUAAUAUUGGAUACUGGAACUCUCCUAACAAAGUAGCUUCCAGAUUAGUUGCUGUCAAUUGGGACAAUGCCUGAUGUACUGUACAGGCAGGACAUAUGAGAAGAAAACAAAAAUGUGUUGGCCUAUGCAUAUUGACAGUGACAGGUAAUUAUCUGUCACAAUGGGUAAACCAUUAUUAUUACAUCUUUUAAAGUGUAAUUAGGUAUUUUUUUUAUAAUAUCAUUAUUAUUAUAAUGGUUUUAUUUUCUUUGUUAUGCAUUUGCACUUACUGAAAAGUUUUCUUUGAUACAUGCAGCAAAAUUUGCGUUGUAUCUGUGGAAAAACCAGCAUUUAUUUGCUUAGACAGUAUUACCUUCUACAGUGUAAACUUUGGAAAAUAUUCCUUAUGCUGUAGUAAUAAUCAAAUUGCAUUUAUGCAAUAAUUUUUUUUUCUCCUUUUUUCUUUUUCUUUUAUCUUUUUGUUUUUGCUGCUGGUAAUCAAAGUGUUUCGUCCUUGUAUAGGUAUUAAUUUUAUGGUCCCUGAAAGGGAGAUAAUGAUUGAAUUAUUUUUCCAAGCUGUACUUUAUCAUAACUUAGGGAUUUUCUCUACACUGUAUAUUUAUGCACAAUUUAGAGGAGUUAGCCUUCAAGCACAUGUCCAGGAAUGAAGAAAAUGUGAGUGUCUCAUUAUUUUUUUAUGUUUGCUUCUGUGAGCCGAGCAUUGGAGAAUUGAAGAGAUCCUUUGCCGUGAAUGCAACAUGCGUGUGCUCAUUUUUAUUUCACUUCUCACCCCAUGCAAACCAAGCAACAUCCUCAGUAAUCAGAGCAACAAAGCACACUCUUCAUUUGUCAAUCCUCAUCUGCCACCGCGCAGGGUCUUCCAGGCUUCAACUUACUGUGAAAACUUAAUUUCCUGUUCCAGAUGGUUUGGAGGAACAUACACUGUUGGUUCUCCCUCUCUCUCUUUUUUCCCAUUUUUUGUUUUUAAUCAAAUCUGCGACGACCUUGUUGCUGAGGUUGACGGCAGGUGCAAACAGGGUCAUGUGGGGGCGAGUUCAUUGCAGGUAGGGUGGUCAGGGUCUUUCACUAAUUGUUACUCCUUAGAUAUACUGUUUUGUUGAACUUGGGGUUUAGGGCACUAACAUUCUUCCUCAUUACAAGAAUGGUGAACAGGAACAUAGAUGGUCUUUUCAUAUUUGUAGUUCAGGUGUCUAAUAUUAUGCUCCUUUUAGGUAGAUUUUGUGAUUGUAAAUUUGUCUGUCUUACUACUUUGAAGGUUGAAUAACCAUUAUGCAGUUGUUUUGUUUUUUCUGUUUAUUGGAGCUUUGAUGCUAUUGAUAUAGUAGCUCAGUUUGUACAAUGACUGUGUAAUAUAUAUUUUGUCUUCUUAUGAUGUCAGUACAAGGUAUCUCAGAGCUCUGAGAGCAAGUUUUGCACGGCUGGUGCACUGUCACCAAUAUCUAUUUAAUUUUGGACAUAUCAUUCGUGGCUAGAGGGAGAAAUGGGCUUAUGGCUUGGUACAAAAUGGCCCAUGGACUGAGACUUGAUACAUUUUUUUUUUUUUUUUUUUUUUUUUUAGUUUUUCUUUUUUUAAUAUCUGCAAAAAUCCAGUGUAGCUAGCUGAUUUUGUAGCCAGAUAGUGUUGAAAAUACAUUAUAAGCAUUCCUCUAUUGUAAUUUUAGGGUGGUGAUAGAGAGAUGUGUGCCAUGUCUCCAUGGGUUUUGUGCCAACAGGCUGCAAGCCUUGAAUGUAACCUUGUUUAAUACAGAACUAGGUAAAAUUGGACAGCAGUCCAACCAUCAAGAAUUAGUGAAAAUUUUGGAUAAAACUUUUUUUUUUUCUUUGUAAAAAACAAGGUUUGACAGUAUCCCUCAAGUCUGUAGUUGUAGAUGAAUAAAGACGGAUCUGCAGAUGUCUGCAAUUUUGGGUCUUUGUUGUGUGUAUGUAAUAUCAAGCAUGAUUGUGUAUGCUUUGAAAGAUUUACUUGUGUACAACUGAAGGUUUAUAUAUAUAAGGGAGUCAUACCUGUAAAUACAAACCAGUACUGUAUGCAAGUGUGAAGACCAUUUAUUUUAUUGUACUUUAACUGAUAACUAACCAAAUUGUUAAUAUGGGGCUGGUAUGGAUGUACAAUGACGUUCACCCAGUGACGCAAAUCAAGGAACAGUGGAAGAAAGUGAAAGGAAAAACUAGGAACCAAAACAAAAAAACGUGUGUUGCUGGUCAUAUGAGCGCAGCAUGGAAGAUGUAGUGUGUGUAUUAAUCAAGGUAUUUAAUUAUGUUCUUAAGCCAUGAUUUGUGCAUCAGGAAACAUGAGGCACAAGUUGGAAUAGCUUUGUCAGUGGCCAUAUUAAUAUAAGGGAAGACUGUGUUGUGGGUCCUGUGUGCGGAGCCGAAGGAGCAAGCCGUUGGUCCACACUCACCAAGGAGCUCUGCCAGUGCAAUAUUUGCUGCAACGCCAUGCCAGGCUAGUGGGGCAUGGCUGACUUUUUUGUCACAAUAAUCAUCUGAUAUACUAAUUAAUUUUUGUACAAUUGUAAUCCACUUCAAAAUACAAUUAGAAUUACUUCAGAUAAUCCUAGCCACUUUGUGUGACCUGGGAAAAAAAAAUAUAAACAAAAAACAGAAAAUCUGUAGCCCAAAGUAAGAUCUUAUUUUCUUCUCCCCUUUGUAUGUUAAAUCUUUUUAACUGGGGAAAUGUGUGUGGGCUUCUUGUCCAGCCACAAAGGCUGAUGUUUCAUUGCAAAGUCCGGUGAGAUUAAAAUUGAAUUCUUGUCUGCUCCGAAAUACCAAACGAGAGAUACUUGUUUACAAAAUACAUUGAUUUAUGGAUGUGUUUCAAUAACUUUCAUCUUUGUAUUCUGUAAACCAGUGUGGUGAAUUGGUUUGAUAACAGACCUAAGAAUUAUUUUGAAUCACUAUGUAACACACAGUAAAACAUAAUUUUUAUAUGCAUUUGUAAGAUGUUGAAACAUCACAGAACUUUCACUAAUUGAUUAAUUUUUCAUCCUCUAUCGUUUAUACUUCUGUAUAAAAAAGAAGAAAUGUUUUCAGUGUUACGAACCUUGACUAUGUUGGCAGGACCCGACGGGAUGCUCAAUUACAGCUGGCUGUCUAGCAUACUUUCCCGAGGACUGAUUGGCAGUCAGGGUUGCUCAUGCUCACCCCUCUGCGCUAGUUGGUCAUGAUGAUCACAACUCUUUUUAAACUAUUUAUUUUUAGAUAUUUUAUUACCAGUUGCCACCGCGUGUAUUUAUUACAGAAAUCAGUAGCUUUAAAAAGGAUAGAUCUGUAUGGUAGUUACAGGAAUAGAGGUUUUAUUACAGUCGCUUCCACUGUCAUGGAUGGAGGUUGUUUGUGGAAGCUUUGUAGGUGUCCAGCACAAGUUACCAUUAAAUAUGUAAUAAUUUUUACAUAAUUUAAAAAAAAGUAUUGAUGAAAGAAAACUGCAAUCAAAGUAUGUAUGUUAUGUCCCUUGUGUGGGGGAAGGGGCUAUCAUCUCACAUAAAAUUGGCCAACAGUCCAGGUUUGGGCUAACAUAGUCACAGGUUGGGAAUUCACCUGUUCUCUGUAUGUAAAUCACUGUCUUCAGUACCAUUUUUAUAUAAGUAUGAGUGCAAUGUUUUUUAGAACAAUUAUUUAAGUACAUAGACCUAGCAGUAUUAGUGUAUGCUACCCUCUGUUAACAUAGCUUAUGUAAAGGAACUGUAUUUGCAGAUGGAGCACAGGUGAAUUCACUGAAAUGACUGUCCUGUGUGUCUACUCAUUAUCUAGUACUACUUCUAAUAAACUUACACUUAUCGGACUUUAAGUAUGUAAAUUACUGACGUAUAAAUAAACUUAUGUCCGCAA